AAAGAUAAAAACAAAGAAGUAACAAACACAAAGAAAAGGUCACGGCACACCUGCGAAUUGUCCACGGAACACCAGUGUUCCACAGAACAUAGUUUAAGAAGCACUGGUUUAAAACAAUAAAUAGGUUGAAAAGGCUGAGAACUGAGUACCACCGUAUCCGUCUGUUCAUGGAGAGAAACUGCUGCAUCCCCAAGGGCUCUGCAGUCAAGUAUAUGGCUCAGUGAAAAUCAGGAACUGAAAGCUGAAGUCAGACAAUUUCAGGCUAGACAGGAGUCAUAAGUGUUUGAUGGGGAAGAGGAUUAGCCAAAGGAAGCGGUGGAUUCUCCAUCUCUUGAUGUCUUCAACAUCGGGCAACUCUCUAGAAAACAUGCCUCGGGGGAAAUAGAGCUUUGUGCCUGGGUAACUGGGUUAAGUGUAAUGGAUUGCACCACAGAGGGGGUCAGACUGUGUGACUAAGGCUACUUCUGAUCCCAUUAAUCCAUGAUUUUUAGGAUCUCAUCUUGCAAACACGCAGCACACAGGUUUAAUAAUAAAUAUCUGAAUAGUCGUAUAAACUUCACUUAAUCUCUGUUGUGGAGAGAGUUUAUAAAGUCUCUGUUGGAUGAGAGAACCAAGGUCUGUGCUGCAAAUAAAUGGAGGAAAACUAGGGGUUUUAAAUACAGCAGCCUAAAUUUAGCUAUAUAGCAGCCUACAUCCAUAUUCAGACAGGUGAAUAUGUGGGUGGUUUAUCGGAAACGCCUGAUGCUCAGAACUGAAUUCCAUUGUUACAGGCGUAGGAACAUUGAAACUCAAGCCAGGUAUUGAGAGAAGUGAAUGUGGAUUUGGGAUCUUACUUUUGUGUGCUGUUUAUGGAAUAUUGAGACUCACCAUUUGCCCAAAAUGACCGCAUCUAGCAUGUGUGUCACCAGGGACAGACUCUGGGGAAACUGGGGGUGUGAAAAGGAUUAAAGCCCCUUCUGAUAUGUCUCCAUUUGUCCUUCUCCACCUGACAGGCUGCAGAACACCCAUGUCUUGCUACAGCUCAGCCCAUGGCCCACAGAUCCAGAGAAAGGAAAUGGCUGUGGCGGAGCCGGUGACCUUCGAGGAGGUGGCUGUGUAUUUCUCUGAGGAGGAAUGGGCUCUGCUGGACCCGGGUCAGAGAGCCCUCUACUGGGAUGUGAUGCAUGAGAAUUAUGAGGCCGUGAGCUGGCUGGGAUUUCCAGUUUCCAAAGCUCAUGUGAUCUCGUGGGUGGAGCGAGGGGAGGAGCUAUGGAUCCCAGAUCUCCAGGGCUAUGAAGAAGGGGAGAUCAUCAGCCACACCCACACAGGUGAGCAAUCAGCUAAACUGACUCAGAAACCAAUUUCUGUGUCCUCAUAGUAGGUGUCACUUGUGCGUUUUCAUCAGUCCAGCUGACCCUUCAGCCUGUUUUCAAUUCCAAUCAGAGGAUGUGGGGGAAGGCUGGGUUCACUCCUUUGGGAAUGGGUUGUGGGGUAGGAGGAUGAACUUAGCUCAUGAUUAUUGAACCUUUCCAGCCAUUAUUUGGGUGUGUUCCCUCUUUUCUAUUCCCCUUUCAGAGUUUUCCUUUUAGCUCA